UGAAGCGUUCAGGAAACAAAUUGUAAAAGGUUGUUCUCACCGAACAAUAGCAAAUAGGGUAAACUUUUAUUUAUUAUAUCAUGAGCUCAAUAACGAGGAGUAAAUCUCAUGUUUCGGCACUGACGUCAGCGAUAAAUCCACUUGCAAACCCAAGAGGAGCGAAAAAGCAAUGUGAACUUUGUCAAAACCAUGCGCACCUGCAAUGCACCAAAUGUCGAGUAACUUUCUACUGUGACACGGAACACCAGCAGGCUGACUGGGUAGGAAUCCAUGAGAAGAUCUGCCAGCUGCUCAUCCCCAUCCGCACCGCAACGCCCUUCUACAGCCUGCAGGCGGACAGAGACCACCACUGCACCCAGAUACUGCACAGACAAGAGGAGCUGAUUGAGAUCUCCAGGGCUGUGGCUCAGAAGAAGCUGUUUGAGGGGAAGUAUCAGGAGUCACUGCCUGCCGCCCAGCUCUCCCUGCGCUGUGCUAUGGACGUCUAUGGCCCCAGUGCUGUCCAGCUGGUCCCUGCAUACCUCCUGCUGGCGGAGGCAAACGUGGGUCUGGGCAGUCUGGCCCAGGCAGAGGGGUACCUGUCUCAGGCCGAGUGGACGGUGAUGAAGACGCCCGAGUGUAGCCAGACCGUCCGCCACCAGCUGCACCGCAACCUGGGUCGCCUCUACACCGCCACGGAAAACCUGGAGGGAGCGCUAUUGCACUUUGCCAACGACGUGUACUAUGCCAGUGAGGAGUAUGGCUUGGAUAACAUUGUCACUUGUGGUGGGUACUUUCUGAUGGCCAAUGUCUUUAUCAAGCAAGAAAAGAUGGAUAUUGCCAGUUCCUUAUACACUGAGGUAGCAAGUACAUGGCACUCUCACCUCACCAAACUUUUGGAGACUCAUACUCCAGGAUCCAUGAUGCUGGAGCACUCUUUUGAUGAAGCUCAGCAGGCGGAAGCGGACCAGAUGCUAAGGGCCAUGCUGAAGGUUCAGGAGAGUAACCCCAAGCAGGCUGCGGCCCAGAACACCCUAGUGGCCCACUCUCUGGCCAUGCUGUGGUUCCUAGGAGGAUCCCCAGACAAGGCACUGGAGUUUGGCAGGAAGGCCCUGCAGUCCAGCCAGCUGGUCCCAGACCAUAGCCUGACAGAGCACAUCCAGAGCCUGCUGCAGCUGGCAGCAGAGAGAGGCCCACACCUUACCAUCGCAAGCUGACUGCCCGCCUGCCUGACCGCCUGUCUUCUUGACUGCCUGUCCAUCCACCAGCCGGCUACCUCCUCAGCUCAACACAAAAGAAGCACGCUCUAUACAUGAAAAAAAUGGGCCAUAGUAGAAUCAUUACAGAAUAAAAGAUGCUGUGACUUUCCAUGGUGACUUCUGAUAGGAUGUGACUGAACAGUAAGGAUGUCAUACCGGUAUGUGUGUUUUUGAGUUUAGAAUACCAAAGACCCAUGAUGCAGACAUGUUGGGAGAGGUACAUUUCAGGUUCAGGCUCAUAUAUGUCCACACUUGAGACAUCUUCUAUUCCCAUUUGUGGGUAUUAAGUAUGCAAUUACACUAUUGCCAUGUAGUUUCUAAAUAAAUACCAGGUAACUGGCGGUCUGUCAAAAUUAGCGUCACCCCGUUUUCAUUAAUAAGAUAAUGCUGACAUCUCAUUGUACGUGACUGAAACUUUAUUUGAAUAGUGACAGAACACAUGUCUGUUUUGAAUAAUGACUCAUUUUAUUUGAAUAAAAAAAAGAGAGUUGUCUACA